AUGCCUCCAACCCAGCCGAACCCAGGCCAGUACGGGCUGACGAACGGGGACCCUCUGAACGGCCAUUGCUAUCUCUCCGGAUACAUCUCGCUAUUGCUUCGGGCUGAGCCUUACCCGACGUCCCGAUAUGGAAGCCAAUGCAUGCAGCCCAACAAUAUCAUGGGUAUCGAGAACAUCUGCGAGCUGGCAGCUCGCUUGCUCUUCAGCGCCGUGGAAUGGGCGAGGAACAUCCCUUUCUUUCCAGAUCUGCAGAUCACCGACCAGGUGUCCCUUCUCAGGCUGACGUGGAGCGAAUUGUUUGUGCUAAACGCGGCUCAGUGUUCCAUGCCUUUGCAUGUGGCCCCUCUGCUCGCCGCAGCAGGCCUCCACGCUUCUCCAAUGUCUGCGGACCGAGUCGUGGCUUUCAUGGAUCACAUUCGAAUCUUUCAGGAGCAGGUUGAGAAGCUCAAGGCCCUCCACGUUGACUCGGCAGAAUACAGCUGCAUCAAGGCAAUAGUACUCUUCACAUCAGGUGAGUGUUUCCCAUGCCGCUACUGAGGCCUUCUCUUUCAUAGGCGGGCAGUGAGGGGGCAGACAGGGAGAACAACACUGACACAGAGGCCAUGGCUGUCUAGUGCAUGCUGUUUUGACAAUGGCCUGCUGCAUAUAUCCACAUUGAUACAUUUUGAGAGAAGUAAACAAACCGAUUUUCAAAAACGUAAUUUGAAUGUGUAUUUUACUCCCUCGUAGGAAUAGAUUGAAAGACAAUAUAAUAUCUAAUAACUGUGAGAUAAUAUAAAAAGUUAAUAGCAUGACAUUUUUAAUAAAUCUGAUAACUAGGUCUAUAGAAGUGUUUGGUCAAUGUAGCAGGCGUCUUGUUUUAUUACAUUAUAUGCGUAAAGAAAAGCAUAAUUUCAGUAUGACACUUGAUGUAGGCUAUGAAUGAGUUGCGGCACAUGUUUGUCAUGUUUUGCGUGCUCAAACACGUGUCAUGGUAAAACAGGAAAUAAUCCCUAGCUGCCUGAUCAAAGAAAUACUGAUUAAAUAGCCUAAUAUGUCAUUGUAUUACUCUGCUAUACAUUUCUGUCAGAACAACGGUAUGCUUGAGAUAGAUUCGGAAUGUAUUUAGUUUAACGAUAUUUCCUCUCACAAUUAUUGUCUUUUGAAAAGAAGGCCUAGUCUACAUAUGACAGCUCAUUACUAGAUCUGGCUGAGGCAAGGUCACCAUUCCUGUCGCUGUAAUAAUAUAGAUAUUUUGGGUUUGAUUGUGGACACUUGCUCUAUUACCAUUUGCAAGCAGUCGCGUAGGGAUAAUGGAGAGUAAGUAGGCCUCAUGGAUAAAGAAGCCUAAAUCGACCGUGACUCAAAAUAGUUCUUAUGUGGCUCUUUAGAAGUGAACACAUUCUCAUGAAAUAGCAUUAUUUCAAUCAAUACAUUUCACAAUUAAGCAACAUUUUGCAAAUCAUUGUGUUUUGUAAUAUGUGUUUUUAUUUUAUUUUAUAGAACAUAUUUUCACUCUCGAUGUCCUCAAAAAACACUAUGCUUAGUGACCACCUAUAGCCUAGCCUAAAGUAGCCUAGCAUUAGCAUCUUACUUAAUUAUAGUCUAUUAAAGUUAUCCUAUUGCCUACUCUACAUAGUUAAGUAUAUUUCCUUGCAUAUUAUACAAUAUUAUAUUAUAUUAGGCAUAUUAUAUUAUGUUAUAGGCUUUUAUAUGAUUAGACAUAUCGAUAUGAAGUAUUUAGUAAUUAUUAUUUUUUAAAUCGUGAGAAUUGUAUAGCUUACAGACAGGUUGAGUGACCAGCGAACUUGUUUUGAUCAUGGCCAAAGGGGGAUACAAAAUAAGAGUUUAAUUAAAUUCCAUUAAACCUCCCCUAGUCUUCUAAUUUGCCCUCCUUAGUGACAUGAAGACUUUUACCACUGCCUUUUCUGCCCGUGAGGACUUCCUGAAUUUUGGGAUAGUUUGUGUGCAUUUCUGUCCUUGGCAUCCAAACAUUAUAUUCUCGUUUUGUAGGCCUACAUGUGACUGUGUCCUUUUUGAGGCCCACCCUAAUAUAAAACGAGCCAUCAUUGCGAACAAGGCAAACAUGUAUUUAGGUGCAUUUAGAUGAUCAAUCAAGCCCUUCUGGUUUACCUAUAGCCUAUCUUUGCUAAUGCGAACUUAUGUUUUUCUUUUUUUAUAGGCUGUUAGUCAUCUACGUAACAUGACGUCAUUGAGUGCCUUGCGCCAAGCUGUUGUUACGUUAUUAGACUAUAUCCAAUUUAACAUACAAUACAACUGCAGAGAUAGUUGUUUAAGAUGACUAGAUUUAACCUUGAUUCUGUCCAUUUUAGCAACAGGCAACAGUAGGGGCCAAUGAUAUGCGUAACAAACUAUAGUUGUAGUCUAGGUUUACUUGGUUGAUAUGUAUUUAUUUGUUCAAUCAGGAAACCCAUAGGGGUAGCCUAGUUUAGGUCGUUGAUUAAUAUUAUGUCCAGUUAUGUAUUGUCGGCUAUUUUCAUAAUUAAUUAAAUGUUUCUAUCUGUUUUCACAUACUUCUUCAAUGUGAAUCUAGAAAAUAGAUGUCUUUAUGUGCAGAUAUUUUCAGAUUGUGGUAUAGCGCAAGGGUUAGUUCUAUGUUUGGUGAACUAUGGGGUGCCCUUUCUUUUGACUCAUGCAUUCGCUGCAGCUCAGUCGUCGAAAUGCUUUGAGCUUAAUCAUUGUGUUGCGUUUCACAAGUUUAUAUUUGCAAGAGGUUUUGAAAUGUAAUUCAUUUCGCCCCGAUUAAUUGUUUUAUUUAUUGAAUAGAGACUCUCAAAGUUAAUCCAAACGGAUUUGCAUACAUGUGACUGUGCCGCCUAGUCUAAGAUCAUAUUGUAAAUCAACCCGAGAUCUCCGCUUUGCCCCCGCGCAGUUCGCGAGUUCAUAAGGUUAUUGUGUCUGGCCAUAGUGAGUUAUCGCCCUGAGAAAUCAAGAUGAGGCUUAAAAGCCUCUCGGAUACCAUUGUCCGGUGUUUAAUUUAUUAGAGCUGGAAAAUUGAGGCUAUCUCUCAUGUGCACUUGCUACAAAGCAAUGGCUUAAAACAAACUCGUCAGGCCUAUGCAUAACGGUCCAUAUGCCAGUAUGCUUGGCCCUGCACAACGGUUUACUACAGAUUUUUAGGCACAGCAGUAUGCCGUGGACUGUGCGAUAAACAGUUUAGCUUGUAGGCUACUAUGCGCAAACAUAUUUUAAGACAUUAACAUUGAGUGUAUUUCUCUAUUUAGGCCAAUUGAACAACCCCCGACUGUGUAGGCUACGAACAAAACACAUGUCGCAUGUGUUGUUGUGCUGGCUCCUUUUCGUAUUUUUACGUGUUUUUUGCGUGACUAUUGACUUCACCCCUGCUAAUAAAUGUGAUUGCUUCCAGGGCCUUUACUAGGCUACAUUGAAAAACAGGCCAAGCAUGGUAUAUUAAGAAAAGAGCGGAGAAAUAUCUAAACAGCUUAUCGAGAGUAGCUUAAUUAGGUCAUAUUACAGCCAUUGCAAUUUCAAUUUCAUCAAUGUCUUUUAUACGUUUCCAUAGACUUGAGUCCCCUGAGUCAGAAACCAUGAGUGGGCCUGCCUACCUUUCCCCCUGCUCCCUCGAUUGGAACUGCAAAAUGCUAUACAAUAGGCUCAUGCUGCACACCAUUUCCCAUGCCCGUUAGCUGCAUAUUCUUUGUUUUGAUUGGUUUAUGAAGGUGUAGAGGUAUCUGCCUCUGUGUGGUGCGCUCCCCACUUCAAUAGAUCGCCCUUGUUUAUUCUAUAUGACAGUCCCUCUUACUCAAUGUGACGUAGCAUGUUUGGGCAGUGUGUUUCUUAAUUUCACUUUGUCAAUAACACGUAACGCUGAUGUUGAAUGAUAACCAGGGUGCUUUUGUGUUUCUCUUUUGCCUGCACAGACGCUUGCGGCCUGUCAGAUGCGGCUCAUAUCGAAAGCCUGCAGGAGAAGUCUCAGUGCGCCCUGGAGGAAUACGUGAGGAGCCAGUACCCUAACCAGCCGAGCCGCUUUGGCAAGCUCUUGCUGCGGCUGCCAUCUCUCCGCACCGUCUCCUCAUCGGUAAUUGAGCAGCUGUUCUUCGUCCGCUUGGUAGGUAAAACUCCUAUUGAAACCCUCAUCAGGGAUAUGCUAUUAUCCGGGAGCAGCUUCAACUGGCCUUACAUGUCCAUCCAAUGA